AUGGACACCAGAAACGAAAACAAAAUACUAAGAACCAGCAGACAAGAAUUCGAACGACAUGAAAACAAAAACACAGAAUGGAUACAAGAAAAGAAAUCGAAAUACCAAGAACCCAGGGACAAAGGACAUGAAACCGAAAACAUUAAAAUACCAAAAAAGAAAACAAAAUACCAAGAACCUGCGGACAAAGAAUUCGAACGACAUGAAACCGAAAAUAUUAAAUGGACACCAAAAAAGAAAGCAAAAUACCAAGAACCUGCGGACAAAGAAUUCGAACGACAUGAAACGGAAAAUACUAAAUGGACACCAGAAAAGGAAGCAAAAUACCAAAUGCAGACAGACAAAAAAUUUAAACGACAUAAAGAAGAAAACGCUGAAUGGAUAACAGAAAAUAAAAACAAAUACCAAGAACAAACAGGCACACCACUAGAAAAGAAAACAAAAUACCAAUAA